AUCUUCCUACAGUGCUGGACUGCUCUGUGCAACGUACACCUUCCUGUGGCUGGAAAACAUGUUUCUUCAUAGAAGAACUCCAUUUCUCUUUGUGCUGUUUUGGUUGGCAGUUGUUGAAAGUGGCAAAGCUGGAGAUGAGACUUCAUCAGCUGACGAUGAGAAUGACACAUCGACAAAAGAGUUAUCCAGCAGUGAGUGGCCUAAUAAGGCCUGCAAGUGUGACUGCCAGGGAGGAAGUGGAACUGUGCCAUCUUCUAGAAUAACUGGACUGGAAUGCAUGCCAGAAUGUCCAUAUCAUAAGCCUCUGGGGUUUGAAUCAGGCGCUGUUACUCCAGAUCAGAUAAGUUGCUCAAACCAAGAUCAGUACACUGGCUGGUAUUCUUCCUGGACCUCAACCAAAGCCCGGCUCAAUGGCCAAGGAUUCGGGUGUGCUUGGCUAUCCAAAUUCCAGGACAAUAGUCAGUGGCUACAGAUUGAUCUGAAGGAAAUAAAAGUUAUCUCUGGGAUUUUGUCACAAGGAAGGUGUGAUGCAGAUGAAUGGAUAACUAAGUACAGUGUGCAGUACAGAGUGGACGAUUCAUUGAACUGGGUUUACUACAAGGACCAAACUGGAAACAAUCGGGUGUUUUAUGGGAACUCAGAUCGCUCAUCUACCGUACAGAAUUUCCUGCGCCCUCCAGUGAUUGCACGUUACAUCAGGAUUCUCCCACUAGGCUGGCAUGUUCGCAUUGCUGUAAGGAUGGAGUUAUUGGAAUGUAUGAGCAAAUGUGCUUAAAUUAAAAUCGAAAAGAGUUUUGGAUGAAAAUUGUGAACCAUGAAACAUAAAAUUAAAGCAUCUUCUUUAUGUCUCA